CACUGAGUCACGGGGUUGGUUUGGGUGGACUCUGAAGGACUGCUGCUGUUUCUUCAUUCCAUCAUGAGCCGUCCAAGAUACAGCGUGCUCAACCUUUUUGACCCGCUAAAUGCGGCUCCCAGGAGCGAAGCCACAACGCCAGACUCGCUCUCUGGAUCUGACAAGGAAAACGCUGAGCCGAGCUGCGAAUCCUACUAUGAAUCCGACAGGCUUACGAUGACAGCAUUCUUCAACCGCACUUACAAGACCCAAAGCAAACACUACUCCCCAGUAGUCCUCAGAACGCGUCUAGUUGAUGUCGGUGAUAUGACUAUCAUGGAUGAAACUGCCGAUCUUUUCAAUGGGCUCACCAUCGAAGAAGAGCCGGAAGAUUUUGACGAUAACGCGUCACUCGUCCAUGAAAGCAUGGAGAUAGAUGAACAGGACUCACUGGCCACGCCAAUGAACAGUCCUCCAAGACAGUCGCACAAUUUCUUCAAUGCCGCGCAAACACCACUGUCAGAACAGACUCCUACUCCUCAUGGUCAGCGCACCCCUCUUGCCGAUAUCUCCUUCGAUGCCACACCAGUCCCGCGCAAAGUAGUAACGCUCGCCCCAGCUACCUUUGAAGCUCCAGUUUCUGGCGUGGAACAUUACUCCUCGCCCGCGACAGCGGUCCGCGCGAGUCACGCCACAUUGGCACCAGUUGGCUCACCACUAGCUUCUGUUAUCAAUGCCAUCAACUUCACAGAUCAAAAUGUGCCAUCAAUGAAGCCCAUUCCUGAACACGCUACUCCUACCAUCGUUUUGUCGAGAGAAGAGAAUUUAGGUUCAUCUACAGCACAGCUAUCACCGUCACCGUCGACUGCUCUCCUCACACACACUCACCUUUCUGAAUCGCCUCCUGUCUCAUUGUCACCUCCUCUCAAAUAUCACAACCAGUCAUCUCCUUCACGCGACAUAUUGGCUGCCCCAGCCGCACGUCCUCGCCUACGUCCUCGAGCCCACACAACGUCUUCGCCAUCUUUGCGUCGAAACUCAGUGGAUCUCCACUCUUCGUUCAACCUCCAACUUCAAUGUCCUGACGCGUCUUUCGAUCUUCUGAAUGACAGGAUCUCAUUCUUCGGAGGCGAUGCUUUUACGAUUGACGGCGAUGAUUUCGACAUGCAAGCUGAGGAAGAGAUGAUGGAGGCACUCGCAAAACGAAUCAAGGAGAAGGAUGCAGUGACCAAAUUUGCGGAUGUUGCCGCCUCUCCAGCACUACAAUCUGGGCCUAGCCCAACGCCACAGCCAUCGCCUCCCGUCGUUUCUGCGAAUGCUCCCCCCGCAGCCAUGAGAUCUAGUACAAGACGCAGCAGUCUCUCUCCGGGAAUGAAAUUGUCAUCCCCCUCCCCGCGGCCACCUAUGGUUGGCACGCCUAAAGAUGGAGUCUUUGAGUCGCUGAAGCUGUCCAUACCUUUAUCCCCGGUCGCUUCUCCUGCAUUGCCAUCAGUGACGCCACCAAGGAUUUCGCAGACGUUCGUUGCACCAGUUCCUGCAGCCCCAGUACAUGCGCUCCGCAUCGUGAAGCGGCCCAAAGCACAUGACAAGACAACUUCCGUGUCUAGUGCGGGCUCGUCAUCUACUGGAAGUAGCGAAGAGGAGCAGCUAGCACCAGCCGUUCCUCCCGCUCUGAUCCACAAACCAGUACUAACGGGCGUGCGCCGCCCUCCUCCCGGGCAUAUGCCUGCCGACCUCAAGUCAAAUAUGUUUUGCAAGCCUGAAGAGGGCGUGCGCCCUGUACUCGGUGUGAGGGGCAAACUCACAAGUGUCCUCGGUCUACGCACGAAAGCGACCGAGCCUCCUCGUUCACCCCUUGAGACUUGCAUGCCCUCCCAACCUGCGCAAACUAUAAAACCACCUAGCGGGACCCUCAAAUCGAGGUUGCUGAAGCCCACCGCGUCAUCGCUUAGCAAGGCACCGCCUCUGAAGAUACCGACCGCAUCUAAUCCCACUGCUGAAUCAAAGAGCCUACGCCCGCCAUCGCGCUUUGCGACUGUAGGCAUGGCUUCGGGGCUGCCCCGUCCCACGGGCGGAGCACUACCUUCAUCCAGACUUCCCGCGCCCACAUUUAGCGCGCCGAAGUCAAAACUACCCAGCAUGACCGGAAGUUCAAGCACGAUCGGGAGGAGUGCCACUAUCCGGAGGGUUUGAGAGGUAAUGGAAAGGAGACGACGCGCAUGGGACGGAAUUUCACGUAUGUCAAGCAUGUUAUCAUUGCAUUUGUUCUUUGCGGCAUUUUUUCCUUUGAUUUUUUUGGUCUCUCGCUUUUUGUUGUGUAGGUUUGUUAUGCCUCGUUUUUAUCUCACUCACAAUGCAUGCACAUCAGAAGGAGUUGUAAAUACGCAUCUUAGCACGUCGGUUAUGUAGCUGUUCGCUGAAUUAUAGAAGAUCAUACAUGGACUUCAGCCUUGCAU